UGAGCUGCUGACUGGAGACGCCUAGUCCAGCCUUCGUUGUGGAGUAAUUGAAGCCUUCCAGGUGGCUUGCGUCUCUUUUUUCCCGCUCGGAGCCAAGUAUCCUCCGUUGCUGCCAAGCUUGGGGUUUACCCUUCACGUCGCACCAAAUUGAAAUAGAAUUAGAGAAGAAAACGGAUCCAUAGUAAAAUGUCUCGAAAAAUUUCUAAGGAAUCAAAAAAAGUGAAUAUCUCUAGUUCUCUGGAAUCUGAAGAUAUUAGUUUAGAGACAACAGUUCCUACAGAUGAUAUUUCCUCAUCAGAAGAGCAAGAGGGUAAAGUCAAAAUCACCAGGCAGCUAAUUGAACGAAAAGAACUACUUCAUAAUAUUCAGUUACUGAAGAUAGAGCUAUCCCAGAAAAAUAUGAUGAUCGACAAUUUGAAAGUGGAUUAUCUUACAAAGAUUGAAGAAUUGGAGGAGAAACUUAAUGAUGCACUUCACCAGAAGCAGCUACUAACAUUGAGAUUAGACAACCAAUUGACUUUUCAACAGAAGGAUGCCAGAAAAUAUCAAGAAUUAAUGAAACAAGAAAUGGAAACCAUUUUAUUGAGACAGAAACAACUAGAAGAGACAAAUCAUCAGCUAAGAGAGAAAGCUGGAGACGUUCGUCGGAACCUACGAGACUUUGAGUUGACAGAAGAGCAAUAUAUGAAACUAAAAGCUUUUCCUGAAGAUCAGCUUUCUAUUCCUGAAUAUGUAUCUGUUCGGUUCUAUGAACUAGUAAAUCCAUUAAGAAAGGAAAUCUGUGAACUGCAAGUGAAAAAGAAUGACCUAUUAGAAGAAUUAAGUACAAACAAAGACCAGCUGAAGCAACUGACAGAGGUUUGUAUGGUUCUGAUUGCUGGUGGGAAGAAGCUCCAACUUUUCUUAUAAGGAGUUCCUCAGGAUUUGUGAUAAGGAAUACAAAAGUCAAUGAUAGAAGGAUGGGACCAAGGGAUGCUGACUGCUGCAGCUCUUCAUAACUAGUGGGAAGGAGGUUAUAUUGGAAGUCAUCAUCUUAAAAAUUGACAAGAUAAGUCUGUGAUACUGACCUGUAAUCGAAGGUGGAGCAUUUUGUUGUAACUAAUUUUUAUAAUCAACUGCUUUUGAAAUCCUAAUAUGAGUUAUAUCUAAAAAUUGGUGUGUCAUUACUCAAAUGCAUAUGCACCGAUAUUUAGUAAUUUACAUCUCUAUUUC